AUAAAUCUGUCUUCCACCACCUGCAUGGCUCUGUAAAACACACCCAAAUCACACACCCUAUAAACCUCACCACUUUCCCCCUUCCGGCAACCUUUUUCCGGCCACCCACCGGCCAAUCUGCUCCUAGAUUCUUCACAUUCCAACUCAAUUUUAAUCAUAGUUAUGCCUGCAAAUCAUUACAAUGGCAAUUCGAGUGAUCGAAUACAGAGACUGUUGAGAGACAGAGAGAUGAGAAAGAAUAGAGCGUAUUCGGGUUUGAACGAGUCGAAUGGGUGCGGUGAAAGUAUUGAUCUCGAGUCGAAUAGUUAUGUGGAACAGUUUUUGGAAGGGGCGUCUGCUGCGCGGGAGCGGUGGGAGAAGCCGGAUGGAGGGUUGUUUACGCAACGGUUGUUGGUUGUUGCGAAUAGGUUGCCGGUUUCGGCGGUUAGGAAAGGGGAAGAAAGUUGGUCACUUGAUGUUAGUGGUGGUGGACUUGUUAGUGCUCUUUUGGGUGUGAAGGAAGUUGAGGCGAAAUGGAUCGGGUGGGCGGGUGUGAAUGUGCCGGAUGAGCCCGGGCAGAGGGCGCUAACGAAAGCGCUUGCGGAGAAGAGGUGUAUACCCGUAUUUCUCGAUGAAGAUAUCGUGCAUCAAUAUUACAACGGUUAUUGUAACAACAUAUUAUGGCCUCUUUUCCAUUAUCUCGGUCUUCCACAAGAAGACCGUUUAGCAACGACCAGAAGCUUCCAAUCUCAAUUUGCGGCAUACAAAAAAGCAAAUGAAAUGUUUGCUGACGUGGUAUGCGAACACUAUGAGGAAGGUGAUGUUGUUUGGUGCCAUGAUUACCAUCUUAUGUUUCUCCCAAAAUAUCUUAAAGAACGUAACCCUAACAUGAAAGUCGGCUGGUUUCUUCAUACACCAUUUCCGUCUUCCGAAAUUCAUAGAACGUUACCUUCUCGUUCCGAGAUUUUACGUGCGGUUCUUGCCGCUGAUUUGGUGGGGUUUCAUACGUAUGAUUACGCAAGACACUUUGUGAGUGCGUGUACUCGUAUAAUGGGACUCGAGGGUACGCCAGAAGGAGUAGAGGAUAACGGGAGGCUUACUCGUGUUGCUGCUUUCCCAAUUGGUAUAGAUUCCGACCGUUUUAUUCACGCUCUCGAAAAUCCUGAAGUGCAAAAACAUAUUGCAGAACUGAAGGAACGAUUUUCCGGAAGAAAGGUGAUGUUAGGUGUUGAUCGACUCGAUAUGAUUAAAGGGAUCCCUCAAAAGAUACUAGCGUUCGAGAAGUUUCUAGAAGAAAAUCCAUAUUGGUGUGAUAAAGUUGUUUUGCUACAGAUUGCCGUACCAACAAGAACCGACGUUCCCGAAUAUCAAAAACUCACAAGUCAAGUUCAUGAAAUUGUGGGGCGGAUAAACGGUAGAUUCGGGUCAUUGACUACUGUUCCGAUUCACCAUCUGGAUCGGUCGCUUGACUUUCCUGCUUUAUGUGCAUUGUAUGCUGUCACUGAUAUAGCACUAGUCACAUCUUUACGAGAUGGAAUGAAUCUUGUCAGUUAUGAGUUUGUUGCAUGCCAAGAUGCUAAAAGAGGAGUGCUCAUUUUAAGCGAGUUUGCUGGUGCGGCACAGUCAUUGGGUGCGGGGGCCAUUCUUGUUAACCCGUGGAAUAUAACCGAAGUUGCAGCUUCCAUAGGCCAAGCUUUAAAUAUGUCGGCUGAAGAACGAGAAAAACGCCAUUUGCUUAACUUUUUGCAUGUCACGACCCACACGGCUCAAGAAUGGGCGGAAACUUUUGUCAGUGAACUAAAUGAUACCGUAGUUGAAGCACAACAAAGGCGUAGAGAAGUUCCGCCACCUCUUCCCGUUGAAGAGGCUAUCGAGCGUUAUUCGCAGUCAAGUAACCGACUUCUUAUACUGGGAUUCAACGCUACAUUGACCGAACCGGUUGAUACACCUGAUAGACGUGGCGGCGAUCAAAUAAGAGAAAUGGAUCUUAAAUUACACCCUGAGUUGAAAGAACCUCUAAGAAAGCUUUGUAGUGAUCCAAAAACAACUGUUGUUGUCCUCAGUGGAAGCGAAAGAGCUGUAUUGGAUGAGAACUUUGGAGAGUAUAACAUGUGGUUGGCAGCUGAAAAUGGAAUGUUUUUACGCUCCACAAAAGGUGAGUGGAUGACAACGAUGCCUGAACAUUCGAAUAUGGAAUGGGUCGACAGUGUAAAGCAUGUUUUCGAGUAUUUCACUGAGCGUACACCUCGUUCUAAUUUCGACCUUCGCGAGACAUCACUCGUUUGGAACUACAAAUAUGCAGAUGUGGAGUUUGGGAGGCUGCAAGCCCGAGACAUGUUACAACACCUUUGGACGGGCCCGAUAUCUAAUGCGUCGGUUGAUGUUGUACAAGGAAGCCGGUCUGUGGAGGUUCGACCCGUCGGUGUUACAAAGGGUGUUACGAUUGUUCGUAUAUUAGGAGAGAUUGUUCAUAGUAAAUCAAUUUCGGCACCAAUUGAUUAUGUCCUAUGCGUUGGUCAUUCUCUUGGAAAGGACGAAGAUUUAUACACAUUUUUUGAGCCAGAGCUUCCUGUAGACGGCAUUGGCAUCACGAGACCGAAGUAUAGUGAUGCAACAAAGCCGUCUGCAGAAAGAAGGUCUGGAAAAUGCGGGUCAAAGACGUCUCAAAAACAAUCUCACCAACGCCAUACUGAAAAUAAGAGAAACGGCAACAGUAAUGGUAACUGUAACGGUAACGGUGUUGUUGCGAAUGGUUCUAGACGGUCAUCACCAUCCCCGGAUAAAAUAACAUGGAAUGUACUUGAUCUGAAAGGAGAGAAUUAUUUUUCGUGUGCGGUUGGACGAACGCGCACAAAUGCUCGGUAUUUACUUCAGUCGGAUGCGGUGGUCUCGUUUUUGACAAAUCUUUCUAGAGCAUCAUAACAUGUAACUAGGAAAUAGUUUUAUGUAAUAAAUAGGUUUAUGUAACCAUGUAAUGUGGAUAUGGAUUAUGGAUUAGUAGGUAACUCAUAAACAUAUUAGUAUCCUUUGUUUGGUUUUGCA